CCACAACCCCACAUUCAACCUCGAUGCUUUUGUUCCUGCCACUCCCCGCAAUUUCCUCCCCUUUCGCACAGCGAAACCACUACCACCAUCCAGCCAAACCAACCAUGUCCCAUCCGCGGGUAGAAGAAGUCUCGGACAGCGACGUCGACAUGUCCGACCCCUCGGAGGGCGACAUUGACGACUUUGUCGACACGGACAUUAUGCGAGCGCGCGCAACCACCUCCACCUCUAAACCUCCUGCUAGUACACAACCCAGCGCCCAGCCUAGAUCCCCUCCCCCAAGGGCUGCCCAACAACCUCGAGGCUACCCCCAAAUGCACACUACGACCGACGACAGCGCCUACAAGCGCUACCAGUGCCUCUACCCAGUCUACUUCGACGCCUCCCGCACGCGCGCCGAGGGUCGCCGCGUGCCUUUGUCUCUGGCAGUACACAACCCUCUCGCAACCGAAAUCGUGCACGCCUGCGCCAAUUUGCGUCUGCAAACCGUCCUGGAAGCCGGCAAGCUGCACCCCAAGGACUGGGCCAACCCGGGGCGGGUGCGCGUCGACCUGCACAACCACGCCCAUCCUCCGCAAGUCAGUAUAAAGAAUAAACACCACCUGUACAUCCUCGUCGCCAAACACCUCCGCGCACAUCCCACGACGGACUCCUCCCCGGCCCUGCGCGUGGUGGUGCGCGGUGCCCCGCCGCCUCCGCCGCAGCUGGGUAAUGGAGAGAAGUGGCCGCGUCCCGCGGUGCCAAGGGGCUGGAAGAUGGGCGAGUUGUUGCCGUACUAUAGUCCGGCUAUGACGGGUGGUGGGGUGAGUGAGAACUUUUUGAAGGAUAUGAUGAAGGAGAUGGGCGCGGCGGGCGGUGGUGGGGCGGACAUGGCGAGUUUGUUGUCCAUGGCCGGGGCAGGGGCCGGGGGCAGUGGCAUUGGAGCCGGGGCAGGUGGAAGUGGGAGUGGGAGUGGAGGGAAGAAGGAGAAGAAAGGGAAGGGGAGGUAGUUUGUAUAGAAGAGGGUAUGGUAACCUACCUAGGCGGUGGUGUGAAAUCGGCAUAUAGCAUGAGCUGGAAUGUUUGGGCGGCAUGAGAUGGUUCAAUGCCAAAGACAGCAGACGAUACCAAAAUACCAAAAUAGACCCCGAUACACGCCGGUGACCGACUGCUGGACGCGCUCCAUUAACCAAUCCUCUCUCUACUAACUCUAUUGGGGUUAAUCCUUAAACCUACAAUUCAUUUUCUACUCUCUUACAGUCUCUCCUCGGACAUUAGACACCAAAGGUGAUAACUGACAUUAGAAGAAGAGAGAAUCCUG